AUGUCCCAUGGCAAAGUUAUAGCUGUCGAUAAUCCCGUCAUCUACAAAGCGCUUACCUCGUCCGGCCCUGUCGUCGUCGAUUUCUUCGCCACGUGGUGCGGUCCUUGCCGGGCGGUAGCGCCUAAGGUGGGAGAGCUUAGCGAGAAGUACUCCAAUGUGCGAUUUAUCCAGGUCGAUGUCGAUAAGGUGCGCUCUGUGGCGCAGGAGAUGAAUAUCCGGGCGAUGCCGACGUUUGUGCUGUAUAAGGAUGGUCAGCCUCUGGAGAAGAGGGUUGUUGGUGGGAAUGUGAGGGAGUUGGAGGAGAUGAUUAAGAGUAUUUCUGCUUAA